UUCACCUGCAGGCAGACAACCCUGUGCGUCAAAACAAGAAGAUUUAGGAGUAGAAUAAAUUGAAUUACGUUUUAAAGCCUAAACAAUGAGCGUCUUGGACAAAGUUGCGGACUACUUCACAGGCGAGGCGUCCAGGAACAGGAACACCUCCAUAAUAGCCGGACUUCUGUUUUUUGCAGGAUGGUGGGUUCUUAUCGACGCCAUGUCCAUCGACCUCAAGCACCAGAUUACCACAGGACAUGUCUUCAUUGGCAUCUUCGGCACCAUCAGCUUCUGCAUGGUGAACGCAGUGAAGGGGGAACAUAUUUCGGAGGAGAACUCUUCGGAGUCCGGUGCCAGGAUAGCAAAGAUCUGGCUGCUUGUGGGCUUCCUAAUGGGCUUCGCCUCCAUCAUUGCCGCCAUCUGGGUGAUGAUCGACGACUUCAUCAACAAUGAAAAGAAGGAAGGCUGGUUUGGUGUGGCUCUGCUGAUGCAGAACGUAUUCAUCCUGUUCGCCAGUUUGAUCUACAAGUUUGGACGCAACGAGGAGGAGUGGAAUGAGUAGAGCUUCCAUCGAAAAUAUUGCACACGGGAACGCUGCUUUUAGUAUCUAGACUCAUACGUACAUAUUCAGGAGUCCAAGGAGUUUAUGCUUGAGGCCGAGGACACCAUCACCCGCAAAGCCUCACCCCAGUUUAAAGCAUAAAUUGUACAACUCUGUUUCUGUUCAGAUUCGUAAGAAUCGUUGAAGGCGUAAGGAUUUCCCCUUAUUACUUCCGAUUGUGUCACUUUGAGUCGGAAUAGGGCGCAGAGCAGGGCCAAUAAUCUCAUUUAUAUUUAACAUAAUAAACGACAAGUCACUUGCGUAA